UGCGGCAGUUUUUAGUUUCUUCAAUUGUUUACUUUCUUUUCAUAUUUGUAUCUAAUAUUUUUUAUUUUUGUGUAUUUUGUGUUCUUGUCUUUCGGGAAAACGCAUUUUAGCAUAAGAAAAAAAAAGAAAAAUAUCAAAACCUCGGAAAGGGAAGAAAAAAGUAAAUAAUUUGAUCGGGGGGCAAAGUGAAAUGUGAAAUUUAUAUAUUUAUUGCUGAUGUAACAAAUAAUCGUGCGUUUUGUUAUCGUUUGAUGUUGUCUUUCUUUGCAACAAAUUAAAAAAAAAAACAUAAAUAAAAAGUUAUAAAACAAGAAAGAAACUGAUUUAUGAAAACGUGUUUUUUUAAUAAAACUAUUGUCGGCUUACAAAGUUUUGAUAUAAAGUACAUUUCUUCAACACAACAAAAAGAAAAUGGCAAGCACAAAUUUACCUGCUAAACACGGCGCAAUGGAGAAAGGACUUCACGAUCGGGAUCGUGUUGGAGUACAAGAUUCUGUUUUGUUGGAAAACUAUCAAAGUGAAGACGCAUUCAUUGAUAAUUUGAGAAAACGUUUUCAAGAGAACCUCAUCUAUACAUACAUCGGUCAGGUACUGGUUUCAGUUAACCCUUACAAAGAGUUGCCAAUUUAUUCAGAAAACGAAAUCAAGCAAUAUAGGAACAGACAUUUCUUUGAAGCACCACCUCAUGUGUUUGCAGUAACAGACAAUGCGUUCAGAUCCCUCAUCGAAGAGAAUAAAGCACAGUGUGUGCUUAUCUCAGGUGAAAGUGGUUCUGGUAAAACAGAGGCCUCAAAAAAGGUGCUUCAAUACAUUGCUGCUGCCUCCGGACAUCAGACAACCAUCGAAGGUGUUAAAGAUAAACUUCUGAAGAGUAAUCCAGUCUUGGAGGCUUUCGGAAAUGCCAAGACCAACCGCAAUGACAACUCAUCUCGUUUCGGCAAAUACAUGGAUGUGCAAUUUGACUUCACAGGAGUUCCCAUUGGGGGCAAUAUUUUGAAUUAUCUUCUCGAGAAAUCUCGAGUUGUCCAUCAAAAUAAUGGUGAAAGAAACUUCCACAUUUUCUAUCAACUUUUGGCUGGAGCUAGUGAUGAGCAAUUAAAGGACUUGCAAUUGAAAAGAAACUUGGAUAGCUAUUAUUAUUUGAGUGAUGGGGAAAAAGGAUCAGUUGCUCGUAUUAAUGACAAAGAUAAUUUCAAAACCAUCAAAGAAGCAAUGAGUGUUAUUGAUUUCACCGAAGAAGAGCAAAGGGAGAUUUUUAAUAUUGUUGGAAGUGUUUUGCAUAUGGGUAACGUUGGUUUCACUGAAGAGGAAGGUCAUGCCAAGAUUUUGAAACCUGAAUCAGUUGCAGCUGUAGCUAAGCUCCUUGGAUGCAAUGUUGAGGAACUUUCUGCUGCUAUGACUCAUAGAACAAUUGAUGCUCAAGGUGAUGUAGUUACAUCCCCAUUGAGCCGAGAAAUGGCUAUCUAUGCUCGUGAUGCUUUAGCCAAGGCUGUCUAUGACCGUCUCUUCACUUGGUUGGUUCACAGAUUGAAUGUCUCCCUCCAGGCUAAAGACGUUCGUGCAGCACGAAAGAAUGUCAUGGGUAUCCUCGAUAUCUAUGGUUUUGAGAUCUUCCAAAAGAACAACUUCGAGCAAUUCUGUAUUAAUUUCUGCAAUGAGAAACUGCAACAGCUCUUCAUCGAACUUACCUUAAAGUCCGAGCAAGAAGAGUACAAUCGCGAAGGAAUUGAAUGGGUUCCAGUAGAGUACUUUGAUAACAAAGUCAUUUGCAACCUGAUCGAAGAGAAAUACAAGGGAAUUAUUUCAAUCUUGGACGAGGAGUGCCUGCGACCAGGUGACCCAACAGAUUUGACAUUCCUGGCUAAGCUAACCAACCAGUUGGGCAAUCAUCCACAUUACAUCUGCCAUCACAAGGCACCAACCCAAGUGCAAAAGACAAUGGGACGAGAUGAAUUCCGUUUGGUUCACUACGCUGGAGAUGUAACUUAUAAUGUGGUUGGAUUUUUAGACAAGAACAACGAUCUUCUCUUCAGAGAUCUAAAAGAAACAAUGAGCAAAGCUCAGAAUACUAUUGUCCAGGCGUGCUUCCCCCAACAGGAAUAUCUAUCGAAGAAGAGACCUGAUACUGCAGUGACUCAGUUCAGGAUCUCACUUAACAAUCUUAUGGACAUCCUAAUGUGCAAGGAGCCAUCGUACAUUCGUUGUAUCAAACCAAAUGACCAACAAACAGCAGGCAUCUUCAAUGACAGUUUGGUGUUACAUCAAGUUAAAUACCUUGGCUUGAUGGAGAAUUUGAGAGUUCGCAGAGCUGGAUUCGCUUAUCGAAGAACUUAUGAGAUGUUCUUGCAACGAUACAAGUGUUUGAGCAAGAAAACUUGGCCAAACUACAAAGGUUCUGCAAAGAAUGGAGUGGAAAUCCUAGUCAAGGAAAUCGGAUUCGGACCCGAGGACUACCGAUUGGGACAGACUAAGAUUUUCAUUCGAUUCCCUAAGACCCUCUUCGACACAGAAGAUGCCUUCCAAGCCAAGAAACACGAUGUCGCUGCCAUUAUUCAGUCACACUGGAAGGGACGUAAACAACGCCAAGUCUAUCUUAAACUUCGUGAGAAUACUAUUGUCCUGCAAUCGUAUUGCCGACGGUAUCUGGCAAUUCAAGCUGCCAAGAAACGACGAGAGGCUGCUGAUAAGAUUCGGGCAUUCAUUAAAGGUUUUAUCACCAGAGAAGAUCCACCAAACGGUUUGAACGAAGCUUUCAUUGCCAAUGCAAAGAGAUCGUGGCUCAUGAGGUUGUCCAAAGAGCUGCCAACAAAAGUACUCGACAUGAGUUGGCCUUCAUCACCUAAACAUUGCCAGGAAGCCUCUAGAUACCUCCACAGAGUGCACAGACUUCACCUAGCAAGGAAUUACCGCCAGCAGCUAAGCAAUGAAAAGAAACAGCAAUUCGAGCUCAAAGUUACCGCUGAAAAAGUCUUUAAAGAUAAAAAGAAGAAUUACCCCCAAAGUAUUGCCAAAUGGUUCAAUGAAGAUCACAUUCCCAAGGAACAUGCCACCCAAGUCAACAACUUCGUUACAACAACACUUGGUUCCGAAGAACUUAAAUAUUCCUCGCCUUGUGUCAAAUAUGAUCGACACGGCUACAAGCCCAGAGAUCGGUUCAUCCUUCUCAGCAACAAAGCUAUCUACCUUCUUGACGCAAAGACCUACAAACAAAAGCAUCGACUGCCGUUGGACAAAAUUGAUUUUGUGCUAACAAACCACAGUGAUCAUCUGAUGUUGGUUCGGAUUCCAUUAGACUUAAAGAAAGACAAGGGUGAUCUUAUUCUAGAGAUUCCUGCAAUUAUUGAAUGCUGUACGUACAUUAUUCACACCGUGGGCACAGCAAACAUAAUCAGUAUUGUGGACAGAGAUUCAUUGGAGCACAAUGUUGUUAAGGGCAAGUCAGGUGUUAUAGAUAUUCAAACAGGAGGACAACCUGGUAUAAACCGAGACAAAAAUGGACAUCUUGUUGUUAUUGCUGGACAAUGAGCAACUUGCAAAUGUUUAUAAAACAAUUACUAACAAAAACAACCUAACCAAGGAGAGACCUCUUAAAGAUGGCUUUAACUAUAAUAUUUUUGUGUUUUAAACUAAAUUUAUAUACAACGAAGACAAGUUUUUAAUUUCUUUAAGUAUUAAAUAAAUAAUUAAAUUAAAAAUAAGAACAAAAAACUGCACACUUAAAAAUGAAUAAAUUAAAAAAUAAAUAAAAAUGAAUUAUAGAAAUUGUGUACUUUUUGUGUGCCAUGAAGCAUUUGAUUUAUUAUACUUAAAUGUGUAUGCAAUUAUUUAUUUUGCAAUUUUAAUUUUAUUAAGUUUUGUUUUUAUUAAUUGUCAUAAAAUGUGGUGCAUAAUAAAUAAAAAAUAUUUUAUAAGUAUAUAUUUUUUAAUCCACAUAUGAUAUAAAAUGCGUCCUUUUUUAAUUUUCAUGGAAAUUUCCAUUUCUUUUUUUAUAUAAUGUUUGAUUAAUUUAUAUUGUAUAAUUGACAACAGUAUGUACUUUUAAUGUUUAUUGUUAAUAUGAAGAUUUUUGUAAUAAAGCGAUAUAAAUUGAA